AUGGCACGUUUUACACAAACUACUGAGAAACUUAAUAUGGUUUCAAAGUCUAAGAAGGUAAAAUUGGAAAUGGUCACAAAAAUAUUAAUAGAUUUGAACAAAAAAAUUUCCGAGGUAAAAAAAAUUGCAAUGGAACCCAUUCCAAUUGAUAUGCUUACCAUGGGAAAUAUUGAGCAUCUUUCUCUAAACUUAACCCAAGAACUAACAAAUAAUGGGAAUGUAAAUAUUGAUGCCAAUGGAUCCUUAUCUUUAUUGAAGUCAUUAAUCCAUGAAUUUCUUGGACUAUCUUCUAUUAUUAUGGAUAAUUCAUCUAUGAACGCUGAAAAUAUAUUACUAAACAUUGAAUUGUCUAAGUGUAUUUCAUCUAAUAGAAAUAAGCUACGAGCAAUAAUAGUACAAAUAUUUAUGAAGUGGCUUAAAGACGACAUUAUGAUUAGAAACUAUAAGAAUAUGAAAGAGAAGGGUAAUUUUGUUGAAAAUUUCAAUUUUCCAAUAUCCUUGAGUACAUUUAUAAUCAGGAGUAUUUUAACAAGUUCAAUCCAAAAAGAUGAAAUAAACAGAAUUAUUUUGGAUAGUAAAAAUAACAUGUCAAAUGAUACAUUUAUCAUGGAGAAUCUGCUUCUUAAUGAAUAUAUUAUGAAUUUUAAAGACUUGAGGUAUUUUUUUCUAAGGAACAUUUUAAACCUUCUCAAUAAAUGCUCAGAAGGAAUUGUCUCCAAUUUUGAUCAUGGGAAAAAUUCAAAUAUAAUUAGUGAUAUUAAUAAUGAGAAAGUAAAUCUAAUGACAACUAUCUUACUAAGAGUAUAUCAUAUAUUGAUCAAUCUACCGGUUCCGAAUGAGAAUCAAUUAUGCGAAAAUGAUCAUUCAAAUAUAAACAAAGCUGAUUUGUUGUUUAAUUCUGAUUUUGAUGGAGAUUUAGAUAAAAUUGCCAAGUUUGAGAAGAAUUAUAAAACAUUAUAUCAAAAGCUAUGGUUAAAAUAUAUUAAUUUAGUCAUUACAGACUAUGACUAUGAAAACAAAAUUAUUCCACUUCCUAUUUUGAAGGAUGCACUGGAAUAUGUUUCAGAGUUCGUGAUGCCGAUAAUAUCCAACCCAUUAGAGCUCGCAGAUAUAUUUAAAAAUUGUUUUGAUGGAGUGAGCAGUAAAAUUAAUCCAAUGGAUAAGUUGGCAAUUUCAGUAAUUUCACUAAAUGGGUUAUUUUACCUCAUUGUUAAUAACAGAUUAAAUGAAAGCUCUCAUCUAGAAAGUGAUAGUGAAGAAAAUAUAAGUUCAGGUUACUAUCGUCGUUUAUACGAAAUACUAUGUCCUCCCAUUUUUUCGCUGAAGUUUAGAACAAAAUUCCUAAAAUUACUGUCAAUUUCACUGUUUUCACCAUUAAUUCCCAUGGCAGUAUUGAGCUGUUUCAUAAAAAAACUGAUUAGAAUUUCACUUUUUACCUCCAUCAAUAAUACAGUUUGGAUAAUUGCUUUGGUUAAUAGCUUAAUAAAAAAGCAUAGAAACAUAUUAUUUCCAAUAUUAUCCCUCAACGAAGGUGAUGAAAUUUAUGAAUAUGUAGACCGAAUUUUGAAGAGUACACAAGGUGAGCUUUGGUCAUAUGAUAAAGGUUUGAAUGUUUAUAAAAAUGAUCAAUUUUUGGAUUCGUACGAAUCUUCAGUAAACAAAUCAGAAGAGCAUAAAAUGAAUAAAGCGGAUAAUAUGAAUAUUAACAGUGAAAUGGGUACCUAUUUGUCGAGCAAUUUUGGACUUUGGGAGUUAUAUGUUCAUAAUAAGAGCGUUAUACCUGUAAUUAGACAUGUAUCAAAUACCUUAACUUUGAACGCAAGCAAUGCCAAAGUCAACUAUCAUCUCCAUAACUUGAAUUAUGAAGAUUUAAUUGGUUUAAACAUAGAAGAAAUAUUAGUUCAUGAAAUAUCAUCUUCAAACGGAAUUAUAUAUAACUACUCAACAUUUUUCAAAAAAGAUAAAGAAAAGAAAGCAAAUAUUCCUUAUAACUAUAUUGAUUGCAGUAGUUUAUCAUCUAAAAACUUAUCUCAAAUUUCGAAUAAGUUCUUCACUGAUUCAGAUGUUGAACUCUUUUCCCUAAUUUGA